AUGUGGUGGGAUAUUGCAAGUGACACAUUCACCUUCAAACUGUUGCCGAAACAAAAUAUGGAACUGCUGUCCGACAUCAGAAUGCCUACAAAAUGUGAAGUUCUUAAAACAUUGAUGGCGGUGUAUGAUCCCAUGGGUAUCAUCGGUAACUUUCUUAUCUACUUAAAGAUUCUGCUUCAGGAAAUCUGGCGUUCGGGUUGCACAUGGGAUCCGACAAUCAGUGAAAGACUGGCCGAAAAGUGGUUGACGUGGAUCGAAGCACUGCCGAACGUGCGCCAAGUCAGGCUUCCUCGUUGCCAUCGAUCUAGGACAUCUGCUGAACUGUCUAAUCACGUUGAACUACAUACGUUCUGUGAUGCGAGCGAGAAUGGAAUGGCUGCAGUUUCCUAUUUCAGAUUCGAAUAA